GGUGCCUGGCGUCCAGGGUCAUUUCCUUUCAUAGCGACCACUGCCAUCCUUGCAUUAGCAUUUUCUCCGCUGUGGGGGUAACACUUGAGUGUGAGAGUGUGUGUGUGCUGGGUUGCUUGCACACUUCGGGCCUUAUUAUGCAGGGACUUGGGAAGACAGAGAGAGGGGAGCAGAUCCGAGACAUCGACCUGACGUCGCUGAGAUCCACCAUGCCAGCCAGCGGGCCCCUGCAGGGAGGUUCACCCUCUAAUCUGAACAUGAACCUGUAUGCUACGAAGAAGACAGCGUCUGAGGGCAUGUUGGACAUCGCUCUGUUCCUGGCUAACAUCACACACAUGAAGACUGUCAUCGAACAGGGAGCUGGAUACAGGUACUACGUUGCUGUCCUGGUACUCAUCUCCUUCUCCUUGGCCCUGCAGAUAGUGGCUGGAGUCCUGAUCAUCAUCAUUGCCCGCAGGGACCUGAACGUGGUGUCCAAUCAGAAACGUCUGGACUACCUAAACAACCUUGCUACAGGCGUCAUCUUCGUCACCACAGUGAUAAACUUCUUCGUCAGCUUCUUCGGCUCUAAGAGGACUGGCUUCUUCCGCUGGCUGCUGGCUCGACUCCACUUCUGACACACCCUCAUAAACUCACACAUCAACAUGUUGAUUCAAAGUUUAUAUUCACAAUUCUGCAUAAGAUCAAAUAUCACUUCUCAUUUAUUUGAUCCUUUUUAUAAUGUAUUCACAUUGUAAUCCAACUAAAAUAUUUCCCCUUUAACCAACAAAAUAUCUAUGUAUAUGCAUUAUUUUAUUUUAUGCAAUAACAUAGUUUGCAUAAACUCUGCAUGGGUUCAAGUAUGUGUUUUGACAACAGUUUUAGUGUCCCCAUUGUUUGGUUAGUGGUUAAAAAAAGUGUAAUAUAUUUUCUUCUGAAAACGAGUUUGAUUUAGAAAAGGAUUCUGUGGUUCAAUGCCAUAAAUAGAGAAAAAUAAGAGAUAUCCCUUGAUUAUGUAUAUAAGAGCUGAAUAAAUCUAGUAAUUUAACUAAA